UUGCUUCUCCUGAUUUCUCUUGGCUCUCGGUUCCUGGUUCAUCCUGGUAACCAACAAUACAAUGAUAAGCACAUUCGAUUACCAUGCUUUGGAUACAUUGGUGAAAUGACCUCCACUUGUCACGUGCUUUACAAUGCAGAAACGAAAAACUCACAUGAUAUCCUAGAUAUGGUCGUCAAAUGUGCUUACCGCGUGCAGGGCUGCUCUUCAAAAUUUUGGGUGAAUCACUACAAAAGAAAAUGUAGUGUGUGUAAAAUAGAAUCACACAAGUGGACCUGCACACUAUUAGGCUAUUAGUACUUCCUAGUUCCUACCCUCUCCCAUGUCUCAAUCUUGCAUUCAUUUCUAAACACUUCGAACCUCUUCAAUUCCCUUCGAACCACUCAUCUCUCUCUCUUUCUCUCUCUCUCUCUCUCUCUCUCUCUCUCUCUCAUGGCCACAACAUCUGCUGCUGGAGAUCCUUUGCAGCCACUGAAAUAUCAGACAUGGGUAUUGAAAGUUUCCAUCCACUGUGAAGGAUGCAAGAGAAAAGUCAAGAAAGUUCUGCAAAGCAUAGAUGGUGUUUAUACCACAACUAUUGACUCACAACAACACAAAGCCACAGUUACUGGAAAUGUGAAGGCAGAGACCCUGAUCAAGGAACUAGUCAAAACUGGAAAACACGCAGAGCUUUGGCCGGAAAAAGUCGCCGGAAAAGAGAAAAGGUCCGGCAAAGCAGGGAAUGGUGAGAAAGGAAACGACCCGAAAGAAAAUGAAAAAAGUUCUGGUGAGGAAAUUGAGAACCCAAUUGAGGAUUCUGAAGUGAAACCUGAAAACAGCGAAGGGAAGCCGCCAGAAGGGGUUCCCGCCUGCGGUAUUUCUCCGGCGGUAGAUCACAGGGGAAACGGAAACGAUGGAGUUACUGGGAAAAUGGGUGGAGGGCAUGGCGGUAAAAAGAAGAAGAAGAGAGGGCGAAAGGGUAAUUCCAGCAACGCCGGUUCAUCUUCGGCUGGUACUCUGGCAAGCACCGGAUCACAAAAUCGAAAAGUGGGGCCAGAUCACGGAAUGGAUCAGAUUGAUCUGGGCCAUACACGUCAGCAUCCAGAGGUUCACAACCCAGCCUACUAUGUACCUGAUCCGGUGGUUAGUUACAGUGCGGCCAAUCCUAGCAAAAGUGGUGGUCCCACUUACUAUGUCUCUGCAUUACCGUACACGUAUGCAUCUACGAAACCGGGGGUUUAUCCGGUGCAGGCGAUGCCACCGUUGGAUACUUUCCGGAUUUUCAGUGAUGAGAAUCCUAACGGAUGCCAUAUCAUGUGAUGACUGUGCUGGGAUCAAACGGUGGUUAUUGUUUUGAUCAUGAUGAAGGUGGCUAAAUGGGGCAUCCAGCAGCCUUAGUGUGUGAAGGAUCAUCAAUUUUUUUUUUUGAUAAGUCAAAUACGGAUUAUCAUUUGUGCAUAUAUAUUUGUGUGUGUGCCGAGUUAAUUGGGGGAUCCUAUGUAUUGUGCACCAUCUCGGCCGUUCGUUCGGCCAUCCGACGAUUCAGAUUUCAUCUCGGCAAUAAACGAUCAAGAGCUGAUCAUUGUCAAGAUUAGAUCUGGACCGUCGGAUGACCGAACAGACGGCUCAGAUUGUGCACAACAUAGCUUUCGUUUGCUUUAAUCAAAUAUGUUUUGGAUAGGGUGUUUUGGCUCUGAAAAUUAUCAUGAAACUUGAAUGCAAAGGGCAAUGGAUGAAAAAUGUUGUGCA